ACGUCAGCCAUUGAAAAAAGAAACAGGAACAUCAAGAUCAAACACGCAAUUUUCUCAAUCAGACAGUUUUCCGAUUUUUCCAGAAAACUCCUUCAAUUUCAGUAACGCAAGACGAUUAGACGAAUAUUUCCCAAAAAUUAUCACUCUCAUUUGGUGGAGUAAAAAAUAACGGAGUAAAUAAACGACGGUAUAUUUGUUUUGAUUACUAAAUUUGAAUUGACGUUUUUGUGGAAUUUGGACAAAUACCGGUUGCAUCACUAUGCUAUCUCGAUUGUGUUUGGCUCGUUCUGCAUUCACCGUCACGCAGACGCUUAAAACUCCAGUACCCCAUAGUUUCAUCCCCAAAAACUACGUAGUUAGAAACUAUGCCCGCGACGUUCGUUCCAGAACAGCCACCAGAUCUCAGCCUGGGCUUUGGGAAAGGUUAAUGGCUCCAGCAGGCCCUAAUGCAUUCAGUAUUGGAAAAGGUGCUUUGGCUGGUGCUUCAGCAGUCGGCUUGGUGGCUCUCUGCUACUAUGGUUCAGGUGUUAAACCAGGAACAUUGCAAGAGGCACACUUAUGGCCUGAGUAUGUGAAAGAACGCAUCAAGGCAACAUAUUUUUAUAUUGCUGGGUCAUUGGCCCUGACUGCUGGCAGUGCUGUCACUGUAUUCAGGACUCCUGCUUUGCUUAACUUGGUGGCACGAAAUGGAUGGAUGUCAAUUCUGAUAACAAUGGGUCUGAUGAUUGGAUCAGGGAUGGUGGUGAGAGGCAUGGAUUAUACCCCUGGGAUUGGGGGGAAACAACUUGCUUGGGUGGUGCACACUGCAAUCAUGGGUGCAGUCAUUGCCCCCAUGUGCUUCCUAGGUGGACCGGUGCUGACUCGAGCUGCUUGGUACACAGCGGGCGUGGUGGGCGGGCUGAGCGCGAUCGCGGUGUGCGCGCCGUCGGGCGAGUUCCUGAGCAUGCGCGCGCCGCUGGCCAUGGGGCUGGGCGCGGUGUUCGCCGCCUCGCUGGCCGGCGUGUUCCUGCCGCCCACCUCCGCGCUCGGAGCAGGCUUAUAUUCACUUAGUCUCUAUGGUGGAUUAAUAGUAUUCAGCGGAUUCCUGCUAUAUGACACGCAAGCGAUCAUCAAGCGCGCAGAAAUGCAUCCUAAAUAUUCAAUGCAACCCUACGACCCAAUAAAUUCGGCAAUCUCUGUAUAUUUGGACGUCCUCAAUAUCUUUAUGCGCAUCGCUAUCAUCUUGUCCGGGGGAGGCGGCAAUAGGAGGAAGUAAAUUAGAUAUUUUACCUAGUAUUGUUCAUAUUAUAGCGUUAACCAAUCUUUCCUAUGUUAAAUCUCAUGCGAAAUAAAUAGUAGUAAGAAGGCGAAAUUAGCAGUUUUGUUCCCCAUUUUUCAAAUAAUUGUGAUAUUAAGCAGGGGAAGUAUUAUUUUUGUUAAUCGAAAAGGCGUUUACGUUGCGCGGACGUUAAUUUGGACUUAAUUAAAUGCAAAUUAACAAG